AUAUUCGUGGCCAUCUGGUACAAGGGAGACACCGAAGGCAGAUCUUACGUGAUCAAGAAAUUUACAAGGCCAGUGGGUGGAGAAGAAGAGCAUGCAUACAAGGACAUUGUCUUGUCUGCUCGGGUAAGUAAUAACAAUGGUUUCCUCAAACUCAUAGGAUGUUGUCUCGAAUUUCCUCAUCCAUUGAUGGUAUUUGAAGACGUAGAAUAUAAAGCUUUGAACAUUCGAGGAAGUCUUGGUUCCGAGGACGUGCCGGUGUCGCCGUGGAAUGUACUAUUGAAGAUUACAAAGGAGGUUGCGACUGCUAUUACUUACCUUCACACUGCUUUCCCUAGAAUCAUUAUACACAAAGACAUCAAGGCAACUAAUAUUUUCUUGGAUAAGAACUGGAAGGCUAAGCUCACUGAUUUCUCCCUUGCUGUGACACUCCCUGCGGGUAAAUCGUGGAUUAAAGAUAGGGUGAGUGGAACUCCUGGAUACUUAGAUAGUACUUAUUCGUCUACGGGCAGCAUAGUGACAGAAUACGCAGAUGUGUACAGCUUUGGAAUCCUUAUGUUGGUUCUUCUUAUGGGAAGACGACCAGAUAUGGAUGGACCAGAGUUUACUUAUUAUAUUCUUGAUUAUGCGAGGGAUCUGCAGGAGAGAGGAGAACUUAUUGAAUUCGGGGGCGGUUCGAAGGACAUGAGGCCUGGUCAGAAGAAAAUGUUUCUCGACCUGGCACUCAGAUGCUGCGCGAUGAGGAAUGAAGACAUGCCAAAGAUGAUCUUGGUUGCAAAAGAGAUCUUGGUUACAAGUAUCACUCUGAGGAUACAUCAAAACAUUCCUCCAUCAUCAAUCAAUGUAGCAGAGAAAUUUGCAGAGGUAGGAGGAGAUAUAUCUCAAAUGUCUAGGAAUGCGACUGUGAUACAAAGAAAAUGAUACACAAGCGACGAGGAGCUUGGUGAACUUGAUUCUCUUCUUACAUUUGUUAUUGACAAAGUGUCUGUAUCACUAAGUUCGGGACACAAUGGGAAGGUGAAGCAGCAAGAUGAGAAAGUAGGUGAAAUGGUAGCGUAUGUAAGAUAUGAGCUUCUUAGGGAAGUGUGGUCUAUGUGACUGAUAUGAAGCCAGAACAUGUUGAGAUAUUUUGGUGAAGCUCUUGUUACUUCUGAAGCAAACUAUCUUUUUCAUGUUAUUAUAUGUAGCUCUAAGGAUAUUAAUGAAUAUGCUCUUAGAGAAAAACUCUAUUCAGCGUCUGAAGAGGCAAUAAACUCUUUUAACAACAGUCUGAUACAGAAACGCCAAUAAGUAGAAAAAAGAUAGAAAACCAUUAUAUAAAUGAAUGGAACCAGCGUGAGUUUCCUGAGCAACCAAGUUCAACCGUUUCUGCUUUUAAAUAAUUUUGUGAAGUUUCCAUGUUCUUCUAGGUUUGUGAAGUUUCUAUGACCAACGGGAAAGAACCGACAGUUAAUAUGUAAAAGACUAGAGAGGCAUUGGUAAUAACUAAUAAGAUAGAAAAAGGAUAUAUAUGAGUCCCACAUCGUAAGACAGAGAGUCAUUAGUCAUAAACUUCAGACUAUAAAAAAAGAAGCCGAGUCUCUCUUCUAAAGCAUACCUUUCUCGGCUUUUUGGCUAAGAUCAAGUAUAUCUGUUCUUAUCAGUUUAAUAUCUGAUAUCGGUCCACAUGAUAUUAAUUAUAUUUUUUAAAGGAUAAAGCCCACAAAGAUAGCUUGCUAUUUGGGCUUUCACGAGUCGCCCAUACGCUGCACUAUUGCACGGGCCUGGCUCAACCCGCCAAUAUUCAAAGUCCAAUUCUUAACCAGUUCCUCUUGCCAUAUGCUACUGUGUGGUAGUGAAACACACAGACACCCGUUUUACUUUGCAGAGUUCCCAAUUGAAUCGAAGAAAAUGUCAGAAGGUUGUAGUUCUUCAGAAGACGGUGUGGAGCUAAGAAACCGCUAUAGCUACCUCUUUUGCCGUCUUAAUUCAUCUUGCCAAACUUGGAGUGUCGUAAUGUACACGUUCAGCAUACUCGCAAAACUGAACCGGAUAUUCUCAAACUAAAGACAUCAUCCUUACAAUUUGAGGAAUUUCUUGUAACCACUCACCAUUUAUUGAAACAACUCUGUCAUCAGAUCUUUUCUAAUGUAUCAUUUCUUUAUGUUUUUUUCAAGCACACCUCUGUUUUUGUACAUAAACACUCCAAGCGAAACAGGUGAUUGCUGAAGUUUGUUGGUGGAUUAUGAUUAGAUGAUUUGAUUAGGAGCAAAAAUUUUGAUUUGUCAAUGCAAAGCUCGAUGAGAUCUUCUAAGGAGACAUUUUCAUUCUCUUAAAACGAUCUUAGCUGUUGAUUUGCUUCAGAGUUUUUGUUGAUAUGCCUUGAAUCUGGAUGUUACAUCUAGGCGAUGGAUGUUACUUCACAUACAUCAUACCGACUCGGUUGCAUCAAGAGCGUUGCAUCAAGAGCGUUGCAUCAAGUUAUUAUGGAUGUUACAUCUGAUCGUGGGCUUAGGCCCAUGAGUCCAUAAAGUCUAGGGUCUUAGAUACGGGAUGCUACUAUAUGUAUCCUGUAUUCAAAGUAACCCUAAAUUUGCACUUUGUAAGCUCAAUAUCGCCUCCAAUAAUAAUAUCUCUCUUUGCCCGUGGACAUAGCCCUAGGAGUGAACCAUGUUAAAUAUUUGUGUCGUAGUUACAUCGUUUUUAUUCAUCUGUUUCCGCAUCUGUUCCUUCUCACGUCCGUCACAACAAACUGGUAUCAGAGCUCGGGCUUGGUGAUCUGGUGAGAAGAUGUCUAGAAUAAACGCAAAG